GCAGUUUUUUCUCACUUCAGUACUUCUUAGUCCACUGUCCCCCUGGUACUACUGAGGCAGAAACCGAUAUUAAAUCACCUCCCCUACCCCGGCUUGACAUACCAUCUUCCUGAGAAUAAGCCAUAAGAUGCGGAGGCUUUGCCCAGGGAUGGGAAAGGAUUGUUGGCUUUACAAAGGAGCUCUAACGCCAUUCUGAAACAGAAAGCCUCGCAAAGUUUGCUGUAAUGAUGACAACAUCGGCAGAAGCUGAGGGAGCCCGGGGUCUCGCGGGUCCUGUCACAGAUCCUGGUGAAGAAGACAAUGAUGAGACGCGGCCAUCUCAGUCCAUCCCUCUGCAAAACUGCCUUCCAGCACCUGGCAUCUGUGUCCUUGAUAAACUCAUCAAAACGUGCCCAGUCUGGCUUCAGCUGAGCAUGAAUCAGGACAGGGCUGGAGAGAUACUCAGCAAAGAAACAGCAGGGAUAUUCCUAGUUAGGAGAGAUGGUAACAUGAACAACAUGGUGCUCUUGGUCCACUUCCCAGCCCAGAAUGUGGCUUCUGAUGUGCAGGAGUACAACAUUAAAGAAGAAAAAUCAUUACUGUACCUGGAAGGAUCUGUUCUAGUGUUUGAGGACAUCUUCAAACUGGUAGCAUUCUACUGUGUCAGUAGGGAUUUGCUGCCCUUCACACUCAGGCUGCCUCAAGCAAUACUGGAGGCCAAUAGCUUUGCAGACCUCGAAACCAUUGCGAGCCUGGGGAUAGGCUUCUGGGACUCUUCUUUAAACCACAGAAGAACAGGAGGGGGGAUUUCCCAGCCUGUGAAAGACUCUGCCCUCAGAACUGUCCAGACGAAUAAUCUAAGGUCUAGCCAGCAGUUUGCAAGUAGCACAAACCACUGUUCAUGUGAAAUUGAGCUGUCAAUAGGAAAUGACAAGCUGUGGUUUGUGAAUCCUAUUUUUAUAGAGGAGUGCAGCAAUCCUCUUCCUCCGGAUGUACCUCCUUACAAGAGCUCCAGUGCAAGGGCUGAUCACUGUAGUGCAAUCACACCAAAUCCUAAGAGGUCUCCUCACCGUCCUCCUCCACCUCCUCCUCUUCCUCACAGUCAAGAUCUGAAGCCACCUGAAAAGCUAUCUAAGGAUUCCAUGACUGCCUGUGAAGAGGACCAGCUGCUUCUUCAGCAACUGAGGAAGAGCACUAAGGAAAUGAAAAUUGAGGGCAGUAAAGGUAAGGAAGAAAAGGGAAAAGAACCCUACUCAUCCAGUGACCCAUCAUCAGCCGCCCUUCCGAAAUGUGCUCGUCCCUCCAUACCUCCAAGGAGGCGGCCAUCUGAAAGAGCUUCAGAAGAGAGCUGCGUUGGUAAGUCUGGAAAAUGUGAAAUGCUGAAAGAGGAACAGACACAAGAAGAAUGGGAUGUUCAUACAGAGAGCAAUGAUUCUCAGUGCACAAAGACAGUAAAAAUGCUUGCUGCCAUUACUGAGAGAGCCACAUCAGAGUGCCAGGAUGGAAAUCCCAAAGCUGCAGAAAAAGAGAACUUGACUGAGCUACAAAGGAAGCCCAUGGUAAUAGUAAAGGCGCCCCCUGUCCCACCACCAAGAAAGAAGAGGCUAUCUCGGCUGCCGACUGCUUCCAGCUCCUGCGACUCGAAACAAAUAAACAUUGCAGAGCCAGACACACACAAUGUGCAGUCUUCAUCCAUGGAUAGCCCACAGCCAGAAGGUGAUGCCACCUGCCAACACACUCAGGAUGAAUCAGAUGCUAGCUGUAAAUCUGUUAGCUCAUCUGAACUUCAGGGUUCUCAUACCUCCCUGGACUGUCCAGGAAGCAAUGCAUUGGCUCAGACCUCUGCUUCUGAGCCUGAUUCUUACUCCACAAGCAGCACGGAGGAUGACCUAGAGCAACUGAGCACCCCUGCCAUUAAAAAGACAAGUUCUGUAAUCUUGGGCAAGGCCAAGCAGAGGCUCUCCUUUGUAAGCUUAACCAAUGUCUUCACAGUCUUCUUAUCUGCUGACAGAAAGCUGCAGAAGAAGAUUGUAGAGCUGUCACAGGACAAGGAUUCUUACUUUGGCAAUUUGGUGCAGGACUAUAAAGUGUACAGUUUAGAGAUGAUGGCGAAACAGAGUUCCAGCACAGAGAUGCUACAGGAAAUUCGAAUGAUGAUGACUCAGCUGAAGAGUUAUUUAAUACAAAGUACAGAGCUGAAAUCUCUCAUAGAUCCAUCAGUUUAUAAAGAAGAAGAAGUAGAAGUGAUUGUUGAGUCAGCGUUGUACAAAUGUGUCCUGAAACCUUUAAAAGAUGCCAUCGAUUCCUACUUACGGGAAAUCCACAACAAAGAUGGAUCCUUACAGCUGCUGAAAGAGAACCAGUUGGUCAUACAGAACACAACCACCACUGACCUGGGUGUCACCACCAGCGUGCCCGAAACUGUUGUGCUGGAAAAAAUCCUUCACAAGUUUACAACCAUGCACAAGUUCUACUCCCCAGAGAAGAAGAUUGGCACACUGCUGAAAUCCUGCAAACUCAUCUAUGACUCCAUGGCUCAGGGAAACCCAGGGAAGCCUUAUGGUGCAGAUGAUUUCCUCCCGGUGCUCAUGUACGUCUUGGCCCGCAGCAACCUGACUGAGGUGCUUCUGAAUGUGGAGUAUAUGAUGGAGCUCAUGGACCCUGCUCUGCAGUUGGGCGAGGGUUCCUAUUACUUAACUACCACCUAUGGAGCCCUGGAGCACAUCAAGAACUAUGAUAAGAUAACAGUAACUCGGCAGCUGAGCAUGGAAGUGCAGGAUUCCAUUCACCGCUGGGAGAGGCGGAGAACGCUCAACAAGGCCCGGGCGUCCCGCUCGUCUGUGCAGGAUUUCAUCUCCAUCUCCUUUUUGGAGACUGGUGCCCAGACACGGACGAUGGCCUCGCGGAUAGACACGACAACUCAGCAGCUAGGCCAACAAUGCGCUGAGAAGUUUGAGGUGUCGGAUCCCCAGAACUAUGGGCUCUUUGUUUACGUUGACGACAAAUGCCUGCAGCUUGCUGACGAUGCCCAACCCCAUCAUAUAAAAUCCUAUCUUCUGAAGAGCGAACCCAAAAAAGAUUUCCAUUUUAUUUAUAAACUGCUAUGCAAGGAAGAGACACAGAUUCCAGUCAUCAAAGAGCCAGACUUUUUAUAAUGGCAGAACUGCUCUUGUAUUGUGUUUGCUGCAGUCUUUGAAAGAUGCUGUCUCACUAUUGGGCAUUUCUCAGCAGAAUCCAUUUGCAGAAGCAAACAGAGUAUUCAUAGGAAUGUUCCUACUUUGGAAAACUUGAAGUAUUAAACCUCAAAACCUCCCUAUGGCAACAAACAAACUCAUAACGGAUGUGGACAAUGGAGCUUAACCAGUUGCUCCUGAGUUUUUAUAGAAGAGUGAGUAUCUAUCCUAUUAUAAGUUAUAUAGGUGAGAGUCACCUAUGCAGAAGGCCUGUAAAGGGCCUAUGCACAGCUUAAACCCUAUUUUUGAGGACUUAUGUGAUUUGAGUGCCUAGAGCUGAUUCCCUGCACAGGGCUGAAUUUCAUCCUGUUUGAAUAAAUUAUGAAUCAUGAUUGAUCUGUUCAGCAGCAUAGAAUUGUAUCAUGCAGCAGAACUCCAUCUGUACCCUGGUAUGUUAUGCUAUAUGUACUGACCUUUGAAAUACAUGUAAUAACAGAACAUGAAAUCCAAUACUGUAUGUGCGUGAAGAAGCCUUUCUGUGUGGUAUACAUUUCACUGAAAUGCGUAAUUUAUGCACUUCCAUCAAUGUAUUUUUUCUUCUUAAAGACUGAGACUCCAUCACCAUCAUUUUAGAUGUACAAUAGCCUUAAUCAAAUCUGUUGUACAGGAAUGUCUGGUUAAAUGUAUUUAUUUCCAUGUGUGAUCAUUGUAAAAUCACUUCCUAUUUGUGGAUAACUUGAUAGUGUAAAAACACUGAGGGAAAAGGCAACGUUCAUUAUAAAAAAAACUGAUUUCAAAUAGAUCAGUGAAAGGACUCAAGGUCAGAGAAGUUUUUUUAAAAUAUCACUUCCUUUUCAGCCAGUACUGGGUGCUUCUGUUAUUUUCUCAGAUGUUUUUGUAUCUUCAGGUUGUUACAGGAGUAAAUACAUGCUGUUGCAGACUGAA